AUGCUGGGUCUGAUCUCCGUGUCAGCAAGUGUCAGCCGUCUCGUGGUUUUCUCUUUCAGAUGGGAACAGCGAGAGCUGCCUAAUGGUAGAGUCUACUAUGUAGACCAUAACAACAAGACAACCACGUGGGAGAGGCCUCUUCCUACAGGGUGGGAGAAGCGCGUGGAUCCUCGAGGAAGGUAUUACUAUGUCGACCACAACACCAGGACGACCACGUGGCAGCGCCCCACAGCCGAGUACGUGAGGAACUACGAGCAGUGGCAGUCCCAGCGAAACCAGCUCCAGGGAGCCAUGCAGCAGUUUAGCCAAAGAUUCUUGUACCAGUCGUCCGGCGCCCCGUGUGACAAUGACCCGCUUGGGCCCCUUCCUCCUGGCUGGGGUAAGAUGAUCCAGGAGCCGCCCUUGCCGCCCGGCUGGGAGAUGAAGUACACGAACGAGGGCGUGCGCUACUUCGUGGACCACAACACCCGCACCACCACCUUCAAGGACCCGCGGCCCGGCUUCGAGUCUGGGAGCAAGCAAGGCGGCUCCCCUGGCGCGUACGACCGGAGCUUUCGCUGGAAGUACCACCAGUUCCGCUUCCUCUGCCACGUGAGUAGCGCGUGCCCUGCACGAGGGGGCCCCGGCGGCGCUCUGGCUUCCUCCUGCCCCAGGGAGUGGUUCUUCCUGCUGUCCCACGAGGUGCUCAACCCCAUGUACUGCCUCUUCGAGUACGCCGGCAAGAACAACUACUGCCUGCAGAUCAACCCGGCCUCCUCCAUCAACCCCGACCACCUCACCUACUUCCGCUUCAUCGGCCGCUUCAUCGCCAUGGCGCUCUACCACGGCAAGUUCAUCGAUACGGGCUUCACGCUGCCCUUCUACAAGCGGAUGCUGAACAAGCGGCCCACGCUGAAGGACCUGGAGUCCAUCGACCCCGAGUUCUACAACUCCAUCGUCUGGACCAAGGAGAACAGCCUGGAGGAGUGCGGCCUGGAGCUGUACUUCAUCCAGGACAUGGAGAUCCUGGGCAAGGUGACCACCCACGAGCUGAAGGAGGGCGGGGAGAGCAUCCGGGUGACGGAGGAGAACAAGGAGGAGUACAUCAUUGGGCUCCGGCCAGGGGAUGUCACUUGUCCCCCUCACCCCAGUGCCCUCCGCUGCCCUGUCCCCAGUGCCCUCCGCUUACCUGUCCUCCUGAUGCUGUGCGGCAUGCAGGAGAUCGACAUGAGCGACUGGCAGAAGAACACCAUCUACCGGCACUACACCAAGAACAGCAAGCAGAUCCAGUGGUUCUGGCAGGUGGUCAAAGAAAUGGACAAUGAGAAGCGGAUCCGGCUGCUGCAGUUCGUGACGGGGACCUGCCGCCUGCCCGUGGGCGGCUUCGCGGAGCUCAUCGGCAGCAACGGCCCUCAGAAGUUCUGCAUUGACAAGGUCGGCAAGGAGACGUGGCUGCCGCGGAGCCACACGUGCUUUAACCGCCUGGAUCUCCCGCCCUACAAGAGCUACGAGCAGCUCAAGGAGAAGCUGCUCUACGCCAUCGAGGAGACGGAGGGCUUUGGCCAGGAGUGAUGGACGUGCUG